CAAUAUCGCGAGAGUUACCUUAAACGUGGCGGCGGGAACGGGGCUCCUGCUGCGGACUGGGCAGUUAGGAAGGGUCGCUUCAGAGGCGAUGGCGGACCACAGCACCCACAGGGAGCCUACGCCGCGUACGCUGCUGCGGCGAGUGCUGGAUACUGCGGAUCCGCGCACCCCGCGGCGGCGCCGAAGUGCUCGAGUUGGUGCCCAGAGAGCCCUGCUCGAAACACCUUCCUCCAGGAGGCUGAGAAGUCAAACAAAGAUGACUGCUGGAGGGAAUCCCCAUGGAACCAAAUCUAGUGGCAGAUUGGUCCAUGCUCAAGCCAGUGGGCACCUGGAGGAACGGACACCUCGGACUCUGCUGAAGAACAUCCUACUAACUGCCCCAGAAUCUUCCAUCCUGAAGCCAAAGUCAGUGGUGAAGCCAGUGCCAGCGCCGCAAGUGGUCCCGCCCUCCAGACGGGAAAGCAGUCGGGGCAGCCCGGAGCUGCAACUUCCUGAGCCCGAGCCCCCCACGACCCUGGUCCCAGCUUUGCUGGCCCCUGGCAGGAGGAAGCAGAGGCUGAGACUAUCGGUGUUUCAGCAGGGAGUGGACCAAGAGCUGCCUGUCUCCCAAGAGCCUCGUGGGAAUGCUGAUGCCUCAUCUCUCGCCAGCUCCCUCAACCUGACCUUUGCUACACCUCUUCAGCCACAGUCAGUGCAGAGGCCUGGUUUGGCCCGCAGACCUGCCACUCGCCGAGCCGUAGAUCUGGGUGCCUUUUUGCAGGAUCUGCGUGAUACUUCCUUGGCUUCUCCAAGUGACAUCCAAAGAAGCCCUGUUAUUACUCUGCCGACAGACAUUGUGUUGGAGGAGACCCAGCCCUUCUCCCAGCCCUUGGUUGGCCGCUCCCCUGGUAUGCGUCUCUCCCUGCCCCUCCCCUCUCACAUGAGGGCCAAAGACACUGAGAGGGCUACCAGUCGCAAGACACGGAGCAGUGGGCCUGCACCACGGAACAGCAGCCCUGGGAAGCCAGCUCAGUUUCUGGCAGGAAAGGCAGAGGAGGUCAAUGCCCUUGCUCUGGGCUUCCCGAACACCAGCAGUAGUAUCUCUGGACCUGGAGUAGAGCCUUUACAAGAUGGAGUUGGUGAGGAGGCAGAGAAAAGGAUGGAAGAAGAAGAAAAAGGCUUGAGCUUGAGUGAAGUGAAGGAGGCGACAGGAGCACGAGGACCUUCGGGGGUAGAAGAGCCUGAGGGAUACAUGGAAGUGACAGAAGCAGAGGGAUCCCUGGGGGCUGUUGAAACUGAGGAGCCAGAAGGGUCAUCAGAGGAUGAGGAAACCUCUGGUAGGACAGCAAGCCCAGAGUUGGUCUCCAGCACCCCAGAGUUUCUUCAGCCCAAGCAACUUCAUCAGCUUCUUGAGCCAGCCCCGCCGCCUGGUGCUGCAAUCUUGUCUUCAGAGCCUCUGGAGCCUGUGUCAGCCAGGCUUCACCCUAGGCCCCGAGCCAUUGGCCCCAGGCCCCGCCAAGAUCCCUACAAGACCGGACUGAGCCACUAUGCAAAACUCUUUAGCUUCUAUGCUAAGAUGCCCAUGGAGAAGAAGGCUCUUGAGAUAGUGGAGAAAUGCCUAGAUAAGUAUUUCCGGCAUCUUUGUGACGACCUGGAGGCAUUUGCUGCCCAUGCUGGUCGCAGGACUAUAAAGCCAGAGGACCUGGAGCUAUUGAUGCGACGGCAGGGCCUGGUCACCGACCAAGUCUCACUGCAUGUGCUUGUGGAAAGGAACCUGCCCCUGGAGUACCGGCAGCUGCUCAUCCCCUGUGCAUUCAGUGGCAACUCUGUCUUCCCUGCCCAGUAGUGGCCAAGCCUCAACACUUGCCCUGCCCCCACCUGGGGCCCCUUGAUACCACUUACUAUUCCAGGUCUUUUCACCAUCCCCCAGCAUCAAUAAAGUGUUACACACAGAA